AUGAAGUUCUCUUUGCUUGCGACCGCGGCAUUUGCCUUGUCGGCCGAGGCCCACUGCAUCUUCCAGGAACUCUCCGUCAACGGGCAAAAGCAAGGCUCGCUAGUCGGUCUCCGGGCCCCGAGCGACAACAACCCCGUCUACGACGUGACCUCGCAGGACAUAAUCUGCCAAAAGCAAGGCACGACCUCCUCCAAAGUGAUCGACGUCCCCGCCGGCGCCAAACUCGGCGCCUACUUCGGGCACGUGAUCGGCGGCGCGCAAUUCGCCAACGACCCGGACAACCCGAUCGCGAAGUCGCACAAGGGGCCCGUGACCGCGUGGCUCGCCAAAGUCGACAGCGCCGCCUCCGCGAGCAAGACUGGUCUGAAGUGGUUCAAAGUCUGGGAGGACACGUUCGACGCGGCGAGCAAACAGUGGGGGGUCGACCACAUGAUCGCGAACCAGGGGUGGGUCAACUUCGAGCUGCCGGCGUGCGUGGCGCCGGGGGAGUACCUGCUGCGCGUCGAGAUCCUCGCCCUGCACAGCGCCAAGGCCGCCAACGGCGCGCAGUUCUACAUGUCCUGCGCCCAGAUCAAGGUCUCCGGCUCCGGAACCUUUACGCCGUCGCAGACGGUUAGCUUUCCCGGCGCGUACCAGAAGAGCGACCCGAGUAUCGUGGUCAAUAUCUACGGCCUUACUGGUCAGCCUGACAACGGCGGCAAGGCGUAUAGUGCGCCUGGUAAUGUUCCGGUUAUCCAGUGCUAG